AUGAAACAAUACUUGCUAUUUACACUUUGCAUGGUCUCCAUGCUUCAAAUGACCAACGCUUAUUAUGGUGUUGAUAUAUCCAGUCUUGGAAGUGAGGGCGUCUUCUCUUGCCUGAAGGAUAAUGGUUACACUUUUGCUGUGGUCAGAUGCUGGGAGUCGGUUGGACAGCCAGACUCAAAUUGCCCACACUCACUUGACAAUGCCUGGGCUGCCGGCUUGUCCCACGUCGACGCCUACAUCUUCCCCUGUUACUCAUGCGGCAACCCCGCCGGUCAGGUCGAGAGCAUGGUCAAGUACAUCCAAUCAAACGGUGCCAAGUUUGGCAUGAUCUGGUUCGACAUUGAGGGACCUGGAGUGUACUGGUCCGGCAAUCAGGCUGACAACAGGAACUUCUUCAGUGGAAUGGUUGAGGGAGCCAAGGCUGCAGGCGUCAACGUCGGAGUCUACACUUCCGCUUCGCAAUGGGAGCCAAUCAUGGGUAACUGGAAUGGUGGUGCCUCCUUCCCCCUGUGGUACGCUCACUACGAUGGCAAUCCCUCAUUCUCUGACUUCUCUGCCUUUGGUGGAUGGUCCAAGCCCGCCAUCAAGCAGUACAACGGAGAUGUCCAAGUAUGCAAUCUUGAUGUUGACCAAGAUUAUUAUCCAUAA